CGACCGCGCCGGUGCCCGCUGCCCGCGCUGCAAACGACGGGGAUCCCCACUGCCCGAGCGUUUGCGACCCGCCGGUGGCCGCGCCCCGCUGCCGCGCGAACUCCGGUAGCCGCGAAUGCCCUCGUGAUUCCUCGCCGCGAGACGUGCAGGGCGGCAGCGGAAUCUCGGCGCCUCCAUCGCAUCGAGUUUUGCUGCGGUUCUUCAUCGUAUCAAUCUGGUUUGCCGUUGUCUUCUGAUGGAUAGGGCUUCUAUCCUUGGUGAUGCAAUUGAGUAUCUGAAGGAGCUCCUGCAGAGGAUCAGCGAGCUUCACAAUGAACUCGAGUCAGCUUCAAGCUCUUCGUUUGUUGGACCAACAUCAGCUAGCUUCAACCCAUCAACACCAACAUUGCAGACAUUUCCUGGCCAAGUCAAGGAAGAACUUUGCCCAGGAUCAUUCCCCAGCCCUACUGGACAACAAGCUACGGUUGAAGUAAGGAUGAGGGAAGGGCAUGCAGUCAAUAUCCACAUGUUCUGUGCGCGCAGGCCAGGCAUCCUUCUGUCCACAAUGACGGCCCUCGACAGCCUAGGCCUCGACAUCGAGCAGGCAGUCAUCAGCUGCUUCAAUGGCUUUGCAAUGGAUGUCUUCCGAGCUGAGCAGUGCGCGGAUGGUCCUGGAAUGGUGCCUGAAGAAAUUAAGGCCGUGCUGAUGCACACUGCCGGUCUCCACAACGCAAUGUAGCCGGUCCGAAAACAGGCCACCACCAGGAUGAUGAUCGUCUCUACUAAGGGCUUCGAUUCGGAAGCGGCAUACACUGUGGUGGCCAUUGGUUUCUGGGGGCAAGUGAUGGAUUUAAGAUGAGGCUCGCCAUCUCAGGGCAUGGCAUGAGACAUGAGUGAUGCUGUAACUAUGGAUUUUCUUUAGCCUAAUGUUUGUUUUCUCUCUGAUACUGUGGUGUAAUAGAAUCUAUUCUGCGUGUUAAACAUAUAAUGGUGAAUGGUGAUGUGAUAAUUAACAUCA